CAAUGAUGAAGAGUUUGGUGGUUGUCCUGCUGUCGGUUGCUGCAGUAUGCGCAUGGCCGUACCCGCGUUACGAGGAGGUCGUGCGUGACCCCAAAACCUCCGACCUGCUGUACGGCACCAACUCUGGACCUCACACCGAAAACUGGUACUUCAGCACUCAGGCCUACGUGACGUCCAUCAUCAUUCCGUCGCAGAUCAUGGACUUCUGCGGCACAGACCCACUGAAGAAUGGAACGUACCAGGAGGAGGUUGUCCUUAACCUGUACGAGUGGAAACUCUCGACGUCCAGGACGGAGACGUACUUGGUGGCGUCCGGCUCCUUCAAAGCCACCGUCAGCUUCGGUCAGGAGAUCGACAUCCCGCUGCGGAACGAGACGCUGGGCCGCGCGCCCCGAGUCGGCCCGUUCUACAGCAGCACCAGCGGUUACCGGUACACGCUCGACAUCGUCUUCAAGACGGCCGGCGUCUACCCGUGGUACACGACGAGGGCGCUCUCCACCUACUCCUUCGUCAGCUCGUCGACGAAUCUACCCGGAAUUGCUAUCGGUCUGUGGUACGCCAUCUAAGAAGUUGUGUCAAACGAGCCCGUCGCCGUGGUCAGAUACGACACUCUACCGUUGCUCGUAGACU